CCUAUGUGGACGUUUAUGCAAAAUUAAAAAAAAAAGUUUUCUGUUUUCUUUCACUUGGUGCCAACCGUGACUUAAGGUGUGGACGUUGCAAUGCAAACAUUGUUUGAUUACAACGAGGACGAAUGUCCCUGGUAUUACUUUGAUAGUUCAUACAAAACCCUUUUGGGAGCUUGUCUCAUCGUUUUUGGUGUAUUUGGGGUGCUGCUUAACGCUUGGCUUUAUGCCACGUUCAUCCACAGUCACCUGGUCAUAUUUAAAAGUCAUGUUCUGGUUCUUAAUCUCUGCACGGCUUCACUGGGAAGAAAUUUACUUGGGUUUCCAUUCGCAGGACCAUCGGCAAUAGCAAAGAGAUGGCUGUUUGGUCCAGCAUGUUGCCAACUAUUCGCUUUUAUGAAUCAAUUUUUUGGUGUCUUUCAAAUGAUUGCUUUAUUUGCAAUAGUACUGGAAAGAUAUUUGCUAGCGAGAUAUUACAGGCGAGAAAGAAGUGUUUACUUUAGAUACUACUGGACAUUAAUCGGUGUAUGUUGGAUGAUGGCAGUGAUUUUUGCCGCUCCUCCUUUAUUUGGUUAUGGAAUGUAUUCCUGUGACGCAACUGGUACAGUGUGUGCUCUAUUAUGGCCAUCACUUAAUUCUGGUGCAAGGCAAUUGGGUUUUAGUGUGCCUUAUGUCAUCGUAUGUGGAAUAAUGCCAACUGUUGGAAUAUUUUUCUUUAUGGGGAAAGCUAUUCGAUUGGAAAGAAUAUAUUACAGGAGCGAGCAACAAAGGGACGAGAAAAGAUUAACGAAGUGUAUUCAUAUUCUGUGUAUAACUACGUUGGCGCUAUGGAUACCAGCAGCAGUACUGGCGGGAUGGCAGUGGCUGCCGCUAUUGCUGUACGGUUACCGACCACAUGUACCACAAGUGCUUGCCCUAUUUGCACCAAUAGCAGCUGAGGCAGCGACUAGUGUUCCUGUGUUAUGUUAUUUAACAGGAGAUGAGAGACUUCGAGCGGCUUUACUGGGUCGGAUGAGGAAACACUACGCCCUGUUACAUCCGGAGCGCGCCAAACGAUAUCGAAGAAGCAUAUAUUAAAGCGAAAUUGAAUGGAAAACUUCAUAACUGAAUAAGACAACAAUGUGAAAGCGAUGUAAAUCAGCCUGUAACAGGCGGUUAAAGCGGUCCAAAUAGUCCAUGAAGUGUUAAUUUCGGAUUUUGUUGGGGGGAGAAGAAAAUGGUAUCCAAAUGGUCGUUAAAGGACGCUAAGCUUAAUUAGCGAACUCCAGAAUUGCGACGACACAUGUUUUGUACUUACGCUUACGUUAAUGACGAA